ACACGCACACACCAAAAAAAAUUCUUGUGCCGGAUACCCCGAGGGUAGAGGGCAUCGCACCUGCCGCGACGGAAACGAAAAUAAAACGGACGACAGAGAGAGAGAGGGAGAGGGAGAGAGCGAAUUAGCGAUGGCGUUCUGCUCGUGCUUCGGACCUUCGAAGUCUGAGAGGCUGGAAGCGGAGCGCAUCCAAUCCCAAGAAGCCCGUCACCGAGCUGGCGAGGCCGCCCAGAAGAGGCAAGAGCAGUUUGAGAAAUCGGCAGCUGGGAGAGCGGCAAGCAAACAGAUGGCAGCGAUGAAGCAAUCCAAUGUCUCUAACAAAGGAGAACCUGUUCUCAAGUGGCAGAUGGGGUGAAUGCUAGCUUCUCUUGUGAGCGACCAUGACAGUGUAAAGAAUACUUGUAAUUUGAUUGUGGGUUGCACUCUGCUCUCAGCCAAAGUACAGUUUUGAAGAGCAAAUUCACUUGACAAGCUUAAUGCAGCCGCAUGUGUAUGUGGGGAUAAUAUAUAUGUCUCUGUCUUUUUGUAUUUUAUUCUUGAAGCAGCAAACAGUAGUUAGUUGCUCACAGGCCACAGAUAAGCUAAAACAAGAUGGGACUGUCCUGUAAAUACCCAUAGAACUGCAUCUGGUGUUUAUUUGGCUUUCUUUUCAGUAGAAAUCGAACCUAUUGUCGCAAGUGAAUAAUUAUUUCUUUCUGUAUAUAUUGGCAUCUCUACUUGGUGUUUCAGUGAGGUUCCAUAAUGGAAAAAAAUCUGUUAGCAUGUCUGUAA